AUGCCAUCGUCUUUACCCAUGUGGCGUGCUGUUAGGACUGUAUGGGCUUUUGCUGAAAAGAAAAGUGGCGGGAUUGCAAGUUUCUACUUUCUUCCUCCCGCGCGCAUUCUUAUUCUACCUACACAUUUUCGUUCGAAUAAAGGAAGAACUAUUCCUCUUCUUGUCGAAGUCGUGCGCCCACCACACUCUAGACAGCAUUCUCAUUCGAAGACAUUGCCCAUUCAACUGUUAGUCUUCUCUCAAAAUCGAAUCCGUCUGUCGCAUUUGGUGUUCUUGUUCAAACAAUUCCAGAAGACCGCUAUCGAAGUGUUAUUCAAAACCUAUUUCGUUGGAGGAACUAGAGCCGCGCAUUUGCUUGAUCCAUCUGGAUUUAUCUUGUUUCCUCUUGUUGUUCACUCUUUUUAUCUGGUGGUAUCAUCGGCUGGAAUACUCUCAAUCAGGAGUACRCGUGAAUCUGAAGUGAAGUCUCCUACAGAGGAUCCUAUGACAAUUCUUCGGAAGAGCCAUUCAGUCACAAUAUUUUUGGUUGUUUUUUUGGAGUGUCUAUUCGUUGGCUACUUUAUAUUGAAUAGGUACCUUUGCAUAGCUGAACUUUGACUUGUGGGGCUUGGUUGGAAUCAUCACAGUCUAUGUUUUUGUUUGGAUCACUAAGUAUUAUACCAAUUACAAGCAUGGGUGAACAACAAGCUAUUGAUAGAUAGGGGAAUAAUCACAACCAUUUAUUUAUAACUAUAUUCAUAGGUAGAUGCAGUCUCCUUCAUCUAGCUAUUUCUUCUCUUCUAGGUUUCUUCAUUUUACUUCUCAAGUAGUCUAUGGUUUAUUAUUUCUUUCUAAUUUUAUAGUUUAGAUAUUUGUACUAAGUUUCCCUGCAUCCAUUUCAAUUCAAUUCUCUCUUCUCUCCUAUUGGAGUUGGACCUAGGAUCCUACAAAGGUGUUGUUUGAUAAUGGCUUAAAUGGAUGAGUUGAAUAAUUUAUUAUUUUA